AUGAUUCAGCAGGUGACUUUUCUGAUGGGGUUCACACUGACAGUAGUGCAAGUCUGGAGUAUCCAUUAUGAAUUUUUGGACAUCAGUAAGAACAUGAACUAUUUUGCCAUGUCAGUGGAGUUUGCUGUAUUUGAGUACAACAAGAACAAUGCAGAUGACUAUGCCUACAAGUUACUGCGAGUCCGACGUAGCCAGCACAAGAGGCUUACUUUGAUAUAUUUAAUGGACUUGGACAUGGGACGCACAAUUUGUAAGAAACAUGAAGAAGACAUUGAAAACUGCCCUUUGCAAGAAGGCCCAGGAGAGAAAAAGGUCCGCUGUACCUUCACCGUGGAUGUCUUUCCUAUGUACACUGAGUUCACACUUCUAAAUAGCACCUGUAUGGACAAGUAG